AUGUUAUUUGUAAAUGCCUUCUCAACCCUAACACAAUAUGUUCUACCCAUUGUCACUGUCGCCGAGUCCAUUUGUGCCCCGUUCAUCACAUAUCUCGCAUUAUUCCACUCCAAGAAAAUGCAUCGAUAUCGAUUUUUGAUCAUGAACAACGUCUUCUGGAGCUGUUUGUUCAAUUGGACGGUGUGGUUCGCGAAGCCAGCAUUUCUGUUCCCGGCGGCGUGCUUGAUCCUCUACAACCCUCAAGUCCAUUGGGUCGUGCUGGCCAAGGCGGUCGCCUCGUUUAUGAUGUUCACCUUUAUUAAUGUGGAGUUGGCUAUUGUGUGGACGUUGUGCUACCGGUAUUUUAUGGUAGGAACAUUCUCGGAUUUUUUUAACCCUUUUUUAUUUUCCGGCCUUCCCAGGGAAACUCAGCGAUUUUGUGGAGAAAGGAAAGGUCGCCUUGAUAGUCAUAGCGGCGAUACAAGUUCUGUUCUAUUCCAUUUGUUUCCUGCCGUUUUUCCUGCAUCCAAUUCGAAGUAAGUUGCCCUUUGUCGAAAGGCCCGACAAGCCAGUAACGAGACAAGACGCUCGAGAGUCAAGUGAUUUAUUCAGUGGAAAGGAGGCCUUUUAUAGGGAAGCCCCACGUAGGAAAGUACAAUCAAAUUUGAAUAAAUGAAGAUCGUUCCUCGUGGGAAGAUCCUCGAAGCUCGGUCGUUCCGCCUCACACCUUUUAAUCGGCCUUAGUAGAUACGCAGACCAACUUCGACAUCUCUAAUAGCAGUUCCUAAGCACGUCAAUCCAGCGCAUUUCCUGAACCCUUCCGAAACUUCGUAUCGUUUUAAUUGAUUUAAAAAAGAGACGAAAUGUCGCGAAAUUAUCGGCACUUUUUCUCGCCCAAAAUAAUUGCUUUUUCUCGAAAAGGAAGAAGAAAGAUAAGAAAAUGCUUUUUAUCGGAUAGUGACAUUUCGUUUUGAACGAAUCGCCAAAAAGGGGAGUGAAAUUUUUUCUUCUAUUUUGGAUUGACGUGCUAGGCGGUUUAUGCCCAGCCCAUUAUACGUAGGCUAUAGGUGGGAAAAAACGUUGUUGUUAACAACUUUUCGAUUAAUUUUAGGCUCUCCUGACCAGUCGAUUGAAAAGAUCCGUCUUCUGGACCAGCUUCCACACUUCGAUGAGCUGGAGGGCGAGAUUGGAUACAUUUGCGUUCCAAACUUGCUCCUCGUCUCAGAAUGGACCUUUGCCGCCUUCCUAGCUGUUAUCUCAUUUUUUGUCUUUGGCAUGGUACUGAUUUCCAUCAUGUUCUACAGGGUGAUGAUCGUCUUCCCCAGGUCCAACAUGAUGUCCAGCACGCUGCAGAUGCACACCAUGCUGUUCAAGGCAAGUCGCUGGCCAAAAUGGGCCCUAAAUUUUAGGCGGUUGCAGUCCAGUUACUCGUCGCUUUCGGGUUUAUCCUGUUCCCCACCGCCCUCCUUCUACUCACAAUCUCUGUCCGGUGGACGGAAGGAACAAGCAUUGCUGCUUUAUGCAUCAUGCUGGUGCAGGCUCAUGGCUGCGUCGACUUCCUUACAAUAAUUUACUUCAUAACGCCGUAUCGGAGAAAACUUCUGCAAAUUCUUGGCCGUAAUUAUAGGAGAAUCAAGACACGGGUCAGUAGUACAGUCGCCCAGCCAGUCUCACCGGCAGACGAGCCGGAACCUGACUGA